AUGGCUGUGAAGAAGGGAUCAUUGAAAGCGGCAGCAGCAUCUGCCACCGCAGAAUGUUCUAGCGAAAAUGGCAGAUCGUUCCAGCUUUCAAACAGUACUUACUCACAAGAGGAGAUCCUGCCAUGGUCGAAGACCGAGAAUGGCACGGUGGGCGCUGCGGGGAUUUGCGGAGGUGAAGAACAGAGUGAUUUUAGCAGAGGUGGAGACGCCACGACGGAUCCUGACAUGCUGUUCUCGCCGUUGAAUAACGGCGAGAGCGACGAGGAGGACGAGUACGACAAGGGCUACUUGUCUCCCUUCUAUUUCGGCGCGCAGUAUCCCAAGAGAUUUCAUCACGGCAGCGUUCAGGCCAAGACUGGGGCCGUAGAACAACACAACCGGAGCGGCAGUAGCUGCAGCAUGCCGUCAAGUGAGCUGCUGGGAAUCAACGAGGACUUCUGGAAAGAGGUGGCGCUGACUCAGGAGGAAUCUAUCUGCUACACGCCGGAAACGGCGUUGGGGGACGUGCAGAGGGCACAGGCGGAUGCGCAGGCGGGCACACAGCCAGAAUCUCAGGGAGAGGCCACUUGCGCCGAUACGUCGUUCGAGGAAUAUAUCACAGAGGAUCUUGAUAUCUCGACUGCGACGGGGCCCGACUCUACAAAUUGGAACCAGGACUUCAAGAUCAAAUUGCUCUGCUACAGAGAUGGUAAGGGGAACUUCAGGCUGAAAACGGAGGAGGAUAUUAAAAACAAUCAUGGGGGAAACGCCGUUACCAAGAAGUCAAUAAAAAAACUUAAAAAAAACAGGGAUAAAAAGCUACUCAAGCGUGCUCUGAGACGGAAAAGUGGUGUCUGGGAAAUGGUUAACACUGGUGUUGGGAUCAGGGAAUUCAUGUUAUGA